UCUUUUGCGCGCGUAUCGAGCGCGGUCCCCCCAACUCUCUUCCUCUCUCUACCCAGUCCAUCGGAUCCCUUCUUCUCCCCUUCUCCCGCCUUCUGCCGCUCGCCAGCACCCACCACCGGCGACGCUCUGCUGUUACGCGACUUGCCUUGCCUGUCCUGUCCUGUCCUGUCCCAUUCACCUGCCGCGCCUGCUUGCUCCACAUUACUAGAGCCACGCAGCGCGCUUGCUUGUGUCACCCCGUCGCGCGACGACAGGCCUGCAACAGCGCGUCAAACCUGAAAACUACCGGCUGUCCGACCCGCCCGCCUGUCUCGUGCAACCUCACUCUUGGAUCCUCGCUGCUCGCCCGUUGCUGCGUGCAUUGCGCCCGCCGAGGCCCGCGCCUGCGAGCAUCAAUCAACCAGACGCCCGUCAGCGCCUUGCGCAGCGCGUCGCCUGUCGACACCGCCCUGAGACCCUCGCCGACACACGUCCCCGCGAGCAGCAUCAAUCAUGUCGCAGCAGAUGUACGGCUCGCCGAACCAGGCGCCACCACAGUGGAACUCGAACGCUCCUCCGCCAACAUCGCAACCCAACCCGCAGCAGCAACAACAGCAGCAGCAACAGCAGCAGUGGUCUCCUGCUCCUCCACCGCAGAACAAUGGCCAGUAUCAACCUCGACCAACGAAUCAGCUCCCGGGCAUCACUGCUCCACCACCAGGCCCGCCAGCGAUGGCGACGCUGCAGCCCACGCAUCCCGACCAGUAUCGCGCUCUGCCGCCACCGCAGACAAUGUAUCCACCGCCGUAUGCGCAGCCGCAGCAAAUGGGCUACCCGCCAGCUCAGCCUGCACCACGUCAGCGCACGGCCAUUGCGUGUCGAUACUGUCGUCGUCGGAAGAUCCGAUGUUCUGGCUUCGAGCAAUCCGAGGAUGGUCGAUGCACCAACUGCGUGCGCUUCUCCCAAGAAUGUGUCUUCACGCCAGUGAGCGCGCAGACUCAAGCAUUCGUGCCGGCGCACACGGUUUGGCGCGGCCAGAACCCACCUCCGAACACUCAACUGUACGGAGCAUACGGUCAACCACUGCCUGCCAACAGCCGCGACGGCCAGUACGGACCCCAGCAAGGUCAGCAACAGCAGCCUGGCCAGUAUCCGCCACCGCCGCAGGGCUACCAGCAACAAGCCAUGUACCCUCAGCAAGGCCAGACUGCCAAUGCCGGCGCGAAGCGUCCUAACGACGAGCCACACACUCCGACUCUGCCGCCACCAAAUCCUGGUGAGCAGGCUCAAAUGCCUCAGCAAGGCCAGUAUGGCUAUGGAGUCAGUCCUGCUGUUAAGGACGACGCCUCGAGCGUGGCUGCGGCGAACGAGAGAAAAGAGGAAGCUCUCAGGAACGGAUUCGUCAAGGACGUGGGCGUUCAGGUGGAGAUUAUCAAGGCCGAUGGCAAAGAGCAGGUCUCUUGAGCAGCCUGGCCUUGCGGUUUAUUAUAUGUACUGCGAUACCCCUUCGGCGAGGCCCGCGUCGGCGUGAUGAUACAUGGUACCGGGAGGCGUUUCUUCGAAGCUGUGGGAGGUCUGUUUCUUUUUAGCUGCCGCAUUUUCAUGAGGAGCUCGAAGCCGAGAAUGGUCGAGCGCGAAAGUAUGAGCUUUGUUCUUGAUGGUACUCUUCAGCACUAAUGUUUGCAAAACUGCGAAAGAACGCGAGUCUGGCAACGGAAAAUGAUGGGAGAGUAAAUAGCUCAACGUGUGCGUGGCUCUGUACGAUGCGGAAAAUCUUCAUGUUCAGCACG